ACACCUUAUGUCGACUGGAGUACUCGAGCUCAAGGUGAUCACCACGACCUUGAUGUCAACGUGGAAUCAGGGCCUGCAAACAGAGUCAGAGUGGAGAUAAAGCAGCAAUAUUACAUGCUGUCAGAUACAAGUUCAGUGCAGAGUCGAGAUGCAUAUAAGGAUGUUGAUUUCAGUACCAUUCUGAUUCCGAACUUCCUCCUCAUCAACAGAAACACAACAGCAACCACUGCUACAUUAAGCGUAACGACUCCAGCUGGACAGUCGAUAUAAACCACAUUUUUUGCAGUUUACAAUUAUCCGCAGAACUCAAGACAACGCACAUACACAGCAACCAUGCGUUCAUUCAUCGCCGUACUAGCCGCUGCUGCCUCUAUCCAGGGCAGCUUCGCGGUUCCAUUCGAAAAUGGGCAACAGGCCCACACGACCAUCAAGACCAUCACGCGCAGCGGAUUUCCGCAUCACCACCCGCCUCCGACCGGCGGUUUCCCUCACUAUCACCCUAGCGGUGGCCACCCUCGUCCCACCGGGCACCCACACCGCCCUGGCGAGCCCCGGGGCCCUUGGAAAAGAGACGACACCAUUGAGGAUGUGCGUGACGGCAGUGCUUAUCCUACCGGUCGUGAGGGGCGACACAGGCCGCACCACCCACACCACCCACACCACACGAAGAAGCCACCUCACAUCCCUACUCCCACCGCUCCUACCACCAGUUCCCAGGCUCCUCACAUAGUUCGCGAUGACGCGAAGCACCCUACUACAACUCACCACCACCAUCCCCACCAUACUCCCCCGCACCGGAAGCCAACUGGCGUACCGGGUAGCGGACAUGCGCACCCUACUGGACAUCAUGAGGGCCAUCACCACUCAAGGAAGACCAGUGAGCAUGCGAAGCCGACUGGUGGGCCCCAGCGUCCUGAGAAGCGAGAUGGGAAUGCGCAUCCCACUGGACACCACCACUCUCAUUCUAAGAAGCCGCACCCAACUGGCCACCCGCACCACGGUGGAAAGCCGAAGGUGACUACUACUACCGUCACUGUGCUGCCUACUGGUACCCAUAAGCGCACUGAUGAGGGUGUUGUAUUCCACGAGCGCGAGGUGCUCCAGGAGAUGCCGCGGGUAGUGCAGGAGGGGAAUUAGGUGGGGGACGACGCCACGGCUGAACGCCUCAUUCCUUGGCGUGCGAUUUGGGGGGUAGAUGUAGGAUUAUACGAUCUUGAUCAUGUUAUUUGAUGGAAUGGGACGGAUACCUACCUAGGUACCUAGUAGGUAGCCGGUGCGAUGGAGUGUUG